AUGGGGAUUAAACAGCUCAUGCAAUUGAUCAAUGAAAAAGCUUCUGGGGCAGUCAAAAAGCUCCCACUGGAUCGAUAUUCAGGCCAAAUAGUUGCUUGUGAUGCUUCAAUGGCUAUGUAUCAGUUUUUAAUAGCAACACAGUUUAGUACGAAAUCAGGCCUUGGGAUGCUAACAGAUUCAGAUGGCAACCAUACAGCUCACUUGCUUGGACUGUUUAAUAGAACGAUUAUGUUUCUGGAAAACAGAGUCAAACCAAUUUGGGUAUUUGAUGGGAGGCCACCAACAAUGAAAGCAGCCGAGCUUGAAAAACGAAAAAAAGCUAAAGAAGAAGCUGAAGAAAACGUAGAAAAAGCAAUUGAAGAAGGAAAAGAAGAAGAUAUCAAGAAAUUCGGACAGAGAACUAUUAGAAUAACUCCAGAAAUGAAAGAAGAUGCUAUGCAAAUGCUCAGGCUAAUGGGAGUCCCUGUAAUACAGGCUCCUUGUGAAGCUGAAGCUCAGUGCGCUCAUUUAGUGAAACUAGGAAAAGCACAAGCUGUAGCAUCUGAGGAUAUGGACAGCCUUACAUUUGGAGCCACCUAUUUAUUAAGAGGAUUUAAUUCCAAAAAGGAGCCAAUUGUAGAAAUUAGCUAUAAUGAAUUGCUUGCAGGACUUGAAUUAAACCAAAGAGAGUUCAUUGAUUUGUGCAUUUUAUUAGGAUGCGAUUAUACUGACUCACUUCACUUUUAAGAGCGAGAAACCAUUUUGCUCACUCUUUAAAUGGCUUUUUUCUCCCUAAUUUAAAAAUCCAAAAUUGAAAAUAUUUGAAAAAAAAGCUACUUUAAUUAUAUAAGAAUGCAAAAUUUUUAAAAUUUUAAUAUGAGUUAGCUAGAGAUCUCGCGACAACAAUUAUGAAAAUUUUUUUUAACUUUAUUAUAUCAGAAAAUUUUUUGUUCGCUCUUCGAAAAGGGGGAUUUUUCCAAAAUAAUGAUUUUCCAAUGAUUUUGCUCGUUUUUUAAAGGAGAGGGAGUGAGCAUAUUUCAGGUAUUGGGCCAGUCACAGGGUAUAAAUUAAUAAAGCAAUAUGGAACGAUUGAAAGAGUAGUAGAUCAUAUUUCAGGUUCAGAUAAGAAAAAAUACGCUAUCCCUCAAGAGUUUAAUUUUGAAGGAGCAAGAGAGCUCUUUUUAACCCCAGAGGUUGAUAAUUGUGAUGGAGUUGAAAUUCAAUGGAAUGCACCUAAUGAAGCAGAAUUAUCUCCAUAUUUAAUCGUGCAAAAAGGGUUCGCCCAGGCAAGAGUUGAUGCUGGCAUUCAAAAACUCAAAAAAAUUCAAGGAAGACCUGCACAGCUAGUGCUAGAACACUUUUUUGGAAAAGCUGAAGUUGUUAAAAGAAAGGCUCCUGAACCAAAAGGAUCUGCUAAAAAAUCAAAGAAAAAAUAA